UUCUCUAACGCUAAAGAUCUUAUCGUAGACUUUUGGUGAAUUGUUUUCAAACAUUUCCAACACAAUUCAAUUAAUAAAUCGACCAAAUGAGUGUCGAAGAGAACUAUUCUGUUCUACAAACUUAAACGUCGAUUUCUUAAUUAAAACUAUAACAAACUUGUAAUGGACUGGCUAUUGGCAACACCGCAGUUACAUAGCGCCUUCUCUUCAUUGGGUUCCCUUGAAGGGGACACCUACGUUGUUGGUCCUGAUGCGUUAGCUAUCCUGGAGGAAAUAAACUAUAAACUAACCUAUGAAGACCAGACGUUACGCACCUUUAGGCGCGCCAUCGGCUUCAGCCAGAAUGUGCGUUCCGAUCUGAUACCGCUGCUGGAGAAUACCAAGGAUGAUGCUGUACUCGACUCGGUCAUACGCAUCUUGGUUAACUUGACUGUGCCUGUUGAGUGCCUCUUCUCGGUAGAUGUUAUGUAUCGCACCGAAGUCGGCCGACAUACCAUCUUCGAGUUGAAUAAGCUGCUCUAUACAAGCAAGGAGGCCUUUACCGAUCCGAAAAGCACAAAAUCUGUUGUCGAGUACAUGAAACACCUGCUCGAGUCCGAUUCGAAGCUGUCAUUGCAAAAAUGUGACAAAAUCAACAAUUGCUUGCUGUUGCUGCGCAACGUUUUACACAUUCCAGAGACGAAUGUAAACUUGGUUAUGCCCUCAGCACAUUCUCAGCAGGGCGGUUCGCAUCCGGUGUCGAUGCAGAAUGCGAUACUCUGGAACCUUUUCAUACAAAGCAUUGACAAGCUGCUGCUCUACCUUAUGACAUGUCCGCACCGCGCCUUUUGGGGUGUCACCAUGGUGCAGCUGAUCGCGUUGAUGUACAAAGAUCAGCAUGUCAGCACACUGCAAAAGCUGUUGAAUUUUUGGUUUGAUGCUUCGCUAUCGGAGAGUUCGGAGGAUAACGAGAGCAAUACCUCGCCACCGAAACAGGGUAGCGGUGACUCUAGUCCCAUGCUUACAUCGGAUCCCACUUCUGAUUCAUCGGACAAUGGUAGCAACGGCUGCAAGAACGAGAGCGCCGAAGAUCGCCGGCAGGCCAUGCGCGAGGAGGCCACGGAAGCCAUGUUGCAGGAAGUUAGCCGCAAGGGACACGAAUAUCAAAACUCGAUGUGUGACGCGCAAGUGAAAAAGGAGGAUUUGUGUAGAGCUGACAAUAAUGUCGACUGUGAACAGCCAUGCAGAUCGCCAACGGCUGUCGAUUUGACACUCAUACACAUAAAAGUCGAAGCAAUGGAUGAGAUGGCCGAUGGUGAUGAAGUUGAACGAGGCGGCGGUUCGGAUGAGUCGGCCGACUCAAAACAACCUAGCCGUAUGAUUGAAGAUAGCGACAACGAACAACAACAAGAACAACCAGCUAAACGCAGUCAACACACUACCCUCAAGCCGAAGAAAAUCGACGCAGAUGCGACAAAAUUCAAAGCGCCACCAGUGGUAGCGAAAUCCAAGCAGACGUUGUCGGGCUCGGCUUACAUGAAUGCUGAUGAGGCCAAUCCGAUGCCGAAGCUUUGCCAAAAGGUGCCGCAUGCCGGCCAGCUGAGCCUAACAAAGGGUAACAGUGGCCCUCAGAAGCGCGAAUGCCCCUCCUCACAAUCGGAGUUAUCGGAUUGCGGCUACGUUACACAAGUGGAGAAUCAGGAAUCCAUAUCCACCUCGAGUAAUGACGAUGAUGGUCCACAGGGCAGGCCGCAACAUCAGAAACCACCGUGCAACAGUAAACAGCGUAGCAAGCAGCGAAUUGUGAUGGCCACGGUGGACAAGAAGGAUACGCGCCGAAAGAAGCUCGUCAAGCGCAGCAAGAGUAGCCUUAUCAGCAUGAAGGGUCUGGUACAACACACACCAACCGAUGAAGAUAUCUCGAAUCUGCUCAAGGAGUUCACAGUCGAUUUCCUACUCAAAGGCUAUGACUGCCUGGUGGGCGAGUUGCACUCACAGCUGCUGACCAAUAUCAAAAUACCCAUCGACACAUCACAUUUUUUCUGGUUGGUCACCUACUUCUUGAAAUUUGCCGCUCAGCUGGAGUUGGAUAUGGAGCACAUUAGUGCAGUGCUUACCUAUGAUGUCAUCAGCUAUUUAACUUAUGAAGGUGUAACACUUUGCGAGCAAUUGGAAUUGAAUUCUCUCCAGGAGGGCAGUGAUCUGAAGCCAUAUUUGCGACGCAUUCAUUUGGUCGUAACGGCUAUACGAGAGUUUCUGCAAGCGAUUGAGACCUACAAAAAAAUAAACCAUUUGAGUGAAGAUGAUCGUUUACACUUGCGACGCCUACAAAGUCAAAUCAGUUCCACUGAAGAUUUGCUUUGCCUAUUCGUUUUACUUUUACGACGAUUCAAUCCAAAUCUGCAUACCAAACAGUAUCUACAAGAUUUAGUAGUGACAAAUCAUUUACUACUUUUGAUUAUGGAUUUCAUCACACAAACCGAAGGCGAUACCAGCAUCAAAAUGACCGAGCAUAUAUCUCAAUUUGCAACACUCGAGAUAAUGAACUACUAUGGCAUGCUUUUGGAGGACUUCAACAAUAAUGGCGAGUUCGUUAACGAUUGCAUCUUUACAAUGAUGCAUCAUGUGGGCGGUGAUCUGGGUCAGAUUGGCACGCUAUUCCAACCGAUUAUAUUGAAGACAUUCUCGCGCCUUUGGGAGACCGAUUAUGAGUUGUGUGAUGAUUGGUCCGAUUUGAUUGAGUAUGUCAUACAUAAAUUCAUAAAAACACCACAAAAGAGUCCGCUGUCGCUGCCAAAGGCUUCACUCACCGAACUAACCAAGGAGCACAACUUGGAGAAUACAAUGUGCGCUUGGACUCAGGAGGAAAUGGACACGUUGUACUGGUACUAUGUGCAAAGCAAGAAGAAUAAUGAUGUUGUUGGCAAAAUUGUGAAGCUAUUCAGCAACAAUGGCAAUAAGCACAAGUCUCGCAUUUCCAUUGUACAGCAGCUACUGCAGCAAGAUAUCAUAACCCUAGUGGAGUAUGAUGAUCUCAUGAAAUUCGAAGAUGCCGAGUACCAGCGCGCAUUACUUACCACACCAACUUCGACUUCUACCGAAUCGGGCAUUGACUUAAAGAAUUCCUCAAGUUUUGCUAAGCCUUCUGAUGAUAUACAGAUUCUACGUGACCUUAUAGUUAAAGAGAAUAAGGAAAAACAUCUGGUUUGGUUGCAAAAAAUAUUGCUUGAGUGUUGUUAUAUAAAGCUGAUUUUGAAGAACUGUUUACAACGUGAAGAUCGACAGGAUUUGCAGUAUGUUAUGGAACCAGUGGCCUAUCAUUGUAUAUGUAAGUAUAAACGAGGGUUUAGAGCGAAUUUAAGGAAUUAG